CCCCAAACUCCCCUCCCAUCCAGGCUACCACAUAAUAUUGAGCAGAGUUCCCUGUGCUAUGCAGUAGGUUCUUUUUGGUUACCCAUUUUAAAUAUUUCAGUGUGUACCUGUCAAUAGCAAGCUCCCGAACUAUUGGAAAGGCAUGUUUUAAAUGGUUGAUUGUGUAUUCUAGGUUAGAUGGAGAGGUAAAAAAGACAAAGUAGGGCCUAAUAGACAAGAACAAUUAGAAUCAAGAAACUAUUCCCAUUAUAAAAGUAAAGUUGUGUUAAUAAAAGUAAUGGAGCAAUGAGGAGAAUGAUGGUGAGAGAAUAUCAAAUACUCACAUUUUCAGAGGGGAGCAAAGGUUCAGAAAUGAACCCAACUCUUAUUUCCUGCAGAGUUGGGCACAAAACAGGCAAGAGAGUUAUGGAGCUAUACUCUUUCUUUCCUAGCCCUGUUGGCAUGGAACUUGGUGACUUGGUAAAGAUAAAAGUAAGAUUCCCUCCCUUUCUUCCUUGCUAGAGGUUUGUUAACAUCUGUAUCUACUUGUUGUUACUUGGAAAAUCAGAGUCAACUUAAAUGAUAGUAGGAAAUUCCCCAGUAAUGGUAUAAGUUAGGGAGAAAGAAAAGGGAAGUUUAACCUACUGGUAGUAAUUUCAUUUUUAGCAAAUACAUGAGAUACUAGUUCUUGGCAUGUUUUAUACAAAGAAAAUCCAGGACUUCAAAGUAUUGUUAUAUCUAAGUGGUCAAUAUUGUGUGUUUAUGUACAUACACACUCACAUACAAACUCAUAUUUACAUUGAUGGACAUUUUCUUCCAAUACAAAUAUUUUAUCCAAAUUCACAAUCAUGUUUGGGGGAAGUUAAAAAUAUUGUAUUAUUUAAAAUCUGGUAUAUCAGUUACCGAAUUUUCCACGUUCAUUUAUUUCAUUCUUAUGUGAUUCGUUAUGUUUCUGCUUGGAGUCAAGGGAGUUGUGUGAGUAGGUCUCAAAAAUAUUACAGGAAAAGGACAGUCCCACCAAAACCUACAAAGCUAUUAAGAACUAGAGUCUGAUUUCCAAAAGCGAAUGUGGACUACUACCUCUUUUUACAAAUUCUGCACCACGUUUUACACAUGCAAAAAUGUUUUUGUGGAAAGAUGGAACUCAUCAACCGAUGUCAACUAGAAGCCAAUGCUGAACAGAAUACAGUGAUUUACUGUUGCUGGAGAGAAAAACAUUUAAUCUUCCAUUACGUAUUUGCAGUGAAAAAUGUCAUGAAAUGCAAGAAGAAAAAAUAAAUCCCCUACGGCAACGGAAAUUAUGAACUGAGUCGUUAUUACACUUACACAUUCAUGCGCAUGGUGUCGCUCUUCACUGAAAACAAUUCCGCGAAGAAAGUGCCUCCGCUCCUUCCUUCUUGGAGAAAAUUGGGCAGAUAGUGGAAAACCUCCGCGAAUCCUCCCGCAAUAGAAGGCCGUAAAAUUAGACCUUGAGGGGCAUUUGAAGUAAGGUAGCCUAUAGACUUCAGAUAUCUUUGAAGGCUUUUGAGUGUACCAUGCUGUUUUCCUGGAGAGAAGGCCCAGGAGCUCGGCUUUUGCUGCUCUCGCUUCUGCUUCUCGCAGCCUGGGAGUCGGGGAGCGGCCAGGUCCAUUACUCGGUUCCCGAGGAGGCAAAACACGGCACCUUCGUAGGCCGCAUCGCCCAGGACCUAGGACUGGAGCUGGCGGAGCUGGUGCCCCGCCUGUUCCGGGUGGCGUCCAAAGGCCGCGGGGACCUUCUGGAGGUAAAUCUGCAGAAUGGCAUUUUGUUUGUGAAUUCUCGGAUCGACCGGGAGGAGCUGUGCGGACGGAGCGCGGAGUGCAGCAUCCACCUGGAGGUGAUCGUGGACCGGCCGCUGCAGGUGUUCCAUGUGGAGGUGGAAGUUACAGAUAUUAACGACAACCCGCCUGUGUUCCCAGAAAGUGAAAAAAGAAUAAUCAUUGCUGAAUCUAGACCUCCGGAAACUCGGUUCCCGCUAGAUGGCGCAUCUGAUGCAGAUAUUGGAGUAAACUCCGCCUUGACGUACCGAGUCGAUCCCAACGAUUAUUUCACUUUGGACACACAAAACAGUCAUGAACAAAUGUCUUCGUUAUCACUUGUGUUAAGGAAAUCAUUGGACAGAGAGGAAAUUCAGGAACAUAGUUUAUUAUUGACAGCUAGUGAUGGAGGUAAACCCGAGUUGACCAGCACAGUUCAGCUGCUGAUUACAAUCCUGGAUGUGAAUGACAACGCACCAGAAUUUGACCAAUUAAUUUAUAAAGUGAGAAUGUUAGAGAACUCACUUAAUGGCUCAUUAGUGAUCGAACUAAAUGCCACAGACCCUGAUGAUGGUACAAAUGCAGACAUAACCUACUCAUUUAGAAGACCUGUAUCACCUGCAAUAUUAUAUGCGUUUUACAUAAAUCCCGACAGUGGAGAAAUUAGGACAAAAGGUAAAUUGGAUUUCGAAGAAAAUAAAUUGUAUGAAAUAUCCGUGGAAGCGAUUGACAAGGGGAAUAUUCCAAUGGCGGGUCAUUGUACCAUUUUGGUGGAAAUAGUAGAUAUAAAUGACAAUGCUCCAGAAGUUACCAUCACUUCUUUGGCUCUUCCGGUGCGAGAGGACGCUCAGGUGGGCACUGUCAUCGCCUUGAUCAGCGUAUCCGACCGUGAUUCCGGCGCCAACGGGCAGGUGACCUGCUCCCUGAUGGCUCACAACCCGUUCAAGUUGGUAUCCACCUUCAAGAAUUACUAUUCGAUAGUGCUGGACAGCGUCCUGGACCGCGAGAGUGCGUCGAACUAUGAGGUGGUGGUGACAGCGAGGGACGGCGGCUCACCUUCUCUGUCGGCCACUGCCAGCGUGUCCGUGGAGGUGGCCGACGUGAACGACAACGCGCCCGCCUUCCCGCAGCCCGAGUACACGGUGUUCGUGAAGGAGAACAACCCUCCCGGCUGCCACAUCUUCACGGUCUCGGCGCGGGACGCGGACGCGCAGGAGAACGCGCUGGUGUCUUACUCGCUGGUGGAGCGGAGGGUGGGCGAGCGCUCGCUGUCGAGCUACGUGUCGGUGCACGCGGAGAGCGGCAAGGUGUACGCGCUGCAACCGCUGGACCACGAGGAGCUGGAGAUGCUGCAGUUCCAGGUGAGCGCGCGCGACGCGGGCGUGCCUCCCCUGGGCAGCAACGUGACGCUGCAGGUGUUCGUGCUGGACGAGAACGACAAUGCGCCUGCGCUGCUGCCGCCCGGGUCUGGCGGAGGACCCAGCGCGCUGAGCCAAGUGGUAUCCAGGUCCGUGGGCGCGGGCCACGUGGUGGCGAAGGUGCGCGCGGUGGACGCGGACUCGGGCUACAAUGCGUGGCUGUCUUACGAGCUGCAGCCGGCGGCGGGCGGCUCGCGCAGCCCGUUCCGCGUGGGGCUGUACACCGGCGAGAUCAGCACGACGCGUGCCCUGGACGAGGCGGACGCGCCGCGCCAGCGCCUGCUGGUGCUGGUGAAGGACCACGGCGAGCCGGCGCUGACGGCCACGGCUACCGUGCUGCUGUCGCUGGAAGACAGCGGCCAGGCUCCCAAGGCCUCUUCGCGGGCGUUGUCUGGUGCAGCUGGCGCAGAGAUGGCGUUAGUGGAUGUGAACGUGUAUCUGAUCAUCGCCAUCUGCGCGGUGUCCAGCCUGUUGGUGCUCACGCUGCUGUUGUACACAGCGCUGCGGUGCUCGGCGCUGCCCAGCGAGGGCGCGUGCGGGCCCGUGAAGCCCAGGCUAGUGUGCUCCAGCGCGGUGGGGAGCUGGUCUUUCUCUCAGGAGAGGCGGCAGAGGGUGUGCUCUGGGGAGGGGCCGCCCAAGACCGACCUCAUGGCCUUCAGCCCCAGUCUUCCUCCUUGUCUGAGUUCUGCGGAGGGACCAGGGGAAAUAGAAGCAGAAUUAGAGCAGUUGAAAAAGGUGAGGUCAUAUUUUAAAUUUUCUUGCUGUUUUAGCCAUCCUCACAGUUUUAAGAUUCUUCAAUCUCAGUUUUAAGGUCAUUCUUUAAUUUGCUUGUCAUUAUGGUUUUAAUGAGUGUUACUGACAUCAUGAGUUCCAUUAAUCUUCAAAUUAAAUAUUAGUAAAAAAAACAUAGUAUUGGUCAUAAUGCUAAUUAUUUGCUUUUGUUGAAUUCUUGACAGUUUAAAAAUAUUUAUUGCUUACAUAAGCAUUUUUCAAGAAACUCCACAUUGUGAGUACUUAAGCAUCUAGAAAACCAUAAUUAAACAUUUUAAAAUCUGUGUCUUUAAAAU